AUGAUGGGCUUUUGGGAGUUAAUCCAGCACUAUGACUUUUGGAUCACCUUUUUCAACAUCCUCUCUGUGUACCUUGAGAAUUGGCGCCUGAAAUGGCGCGUCGGCGAACUCGAAGCCGAAAUUCUCGAUUUACACAAAACCCAGGCAGCGUGCUGGUGUCGCCAGCAAGAUGGCCCUCAUAAAGAGAAGAGAUGGUAG